UUUCAUCAUCCCCAGCGCAGCAUCCGUCCACAGCAGCUCCAUGCCUCAGUCUGGGGGCGAGGACGAAGAAUAAAAGAAGCGACCAUGGGUGAAGAGAGCAGCCUGUCAAAGCAGAUAGGAAGUGUGGAGAGGAGCAUCGUGUUCCUGAGACAGGAACACCUCACUUUACUACACGGCCUCCACCUGGAGAUCCUCUCCCUGCAGAAGCGAUGCUCAGAGUUGACAAGUGAUCUAGAGGUGAAGCCUCAAGGAAGGAAUCCAAUAGAGUUGCAGGAGGAGGAGGAGCUGCUGGAGAACCGCUGUUGGGACGUGGAAAGCCGUCUGGACGAAGAGGAGUGCACCUUUGGAGAGCUUCGUCAGGAGCUGAGUCACAAAGGGGCUUUGGUGGGAGUCCUCAGAGCCAAUCUCAAGGAAAAGGAGCGCAAUUUCCUGGAGGAGCUGAAACACCGGAGCCACUGUUCAACCAUCCUGAACACGGAGCUGCAGAAACAAACAGAGGCAGCAGCGUACCUCUCCUUCCAGUUGCAUGGUGCCCGCCAGAAACUGCACCACCAGCGAAUGCAGCAGAGGCAGGGACUCCUCGCACGGGCCAACAGUCAGGGGGCCCAGUACUGUGCCGCGCAGAUCUCUGUUUCUCCUCAGAGGCCUUCAGGAGCCUCCCCUUCCUCUCCCGUGGUUAAACCCAAGCGUAAAAGCGUCAGGUCGUCUUUGAGAGUGGAGCGUUCCCGGGAGUGUGUUCCCAUAGAGAAAGUGACGGGCCCCGCUGAGCCCACAGCCAUGCCGGACCCUGCACUCUUCCUCCACCCUCGCAGGCACAGGGCCCGCUCCAGGCACGCUGUGGCACAAAGACAGGCUCCACUGGGGCUGGAGAGGGAGGAUGAGGAAGAAGGAGGUGGUGAAGGGCCGAUGGAGCCUCAGGGCGGAGCUGCCAGACUGCUGUCUUCAGCGGCAGCGCCCCCUGCUGCUGAGACAAAGGCAGAUUAGCGAGUACUAAAGCCUGCACUUUAAACUACAGUUUGAUCACUGUAUGAUCAUCUGAGACUGUUAAUGCUGGUAACUGUUCUGCACCUUGACUGAAUUGAUACUGCGACUAGUUUUAGCUCAUGAAUUAUUAUAUUACACUUAUUGUAGUCACUUUUUUUAAAUGGACUUUGAUAUAACCCUAAAUAACUUGCAAAGAAAACUCAGAAAGUGUCACUUUAAGUCAGUCUUAGAUGAAUUAUCUGUUUACACUGGUGUCACAUGCUCAGUAUACUGUGGGGCCUUAUUUCAAAGCCACCUCUUUUGGACAUUUGUUGAUGGUGAGCGGCCAUUUUAAAAAGGACUACAAGCCCAACCAGGGCCGUUUCUCAAUGUCGAGCAUACCUGCUGCAGAGCCACUAUUUCAAGUAUACUACGUCAUAGAGUGGCACA